GAAAAAUAAACAACGUGCACGUCGCUGAUAAAAUUAUCCUGAAUAAUUUUCGCAGUUGCUUGCAUCAGCAGAUCGGACCGCACCUGUUCAGGACUGAAAAACGCCGACGAUUUUCCGACCACAACGUUCACAAUUAGUACGAAAGCGACGAACAUUUCCUAGCAAACUGAACGCCUACAAAUGGGGCGAAUUUAAAAGGUGUCGAACUAAUUGUCGCAUGGCGACGCGUACUAAUAGACGGUUAUUAAUUUAGUCACGCUAGACAAUGUUAUCCAUUACCGAGGAAGGGGUGAAAUAAAUUUGAAUCAACGGGGAUUUUUUUCGCACUUGGUAAACUCGCAUCUUCAAAAAUGUUGCUAGCAGCGCUGCUGUUGAUCCACGCCGCUUCGUCAGUAGUUAGCUUCAAGAACCUCGAACCAAUCGACGAUCACGAAACCCCAGUCGAAGUGCUCUGGCAGGCCACUGCAGCCGUCACCAGCAGCAGAGACUUUAGCGAUCAAGCCUACACCGUAUUCGUUUCGUGGGAAGCUGCGGAUGGUCGGUCAACCGGGCUGCUACAGGAUCUGAUCGAUCACGCGUUGAGUUCAUUUGCCCGCAACCGUUUGUCGGUACAAAUUGUAAACCGAAUCACCGUUCCCUUGCGUAGACCUCGGAUAUUUAACUUGUUCUUUGUCGAUGGUAUGCCGGCCUUCGAGGAGAUCUACAGCACGAUGUGUUCGAAGCUGUUCAACUUCGCCGGCCGGUAUCUGAUUGUUCUACUCUCUCUGGAAGCCGUUGAUGAGCGUGACGAGAAGAUCGUACUUGGAAUUCUGCAGCGGAUGUGGCAACGCUACGUGGUCAAUGUUAACGUACUAUUCGCUAGCAUCAGGACUCCAAAUCGGGCCGACAUGUUCACAUACUUUCCGUUCAACUCUCGGUUCUGUGAAAAAGUACAGCCCAUUCUGGACGACAUCCAUCGAUGUCCGCUGAAAGUUGCCGUGUAUACAUACUCGGCUUUCAUGCAGGUUCACAUUAGCUCUCAGGGAGAAAUCUCCUCCCUAACCGGAGUCGACUCCCUCCUCCUCAACUAUCUAUCGACUACACUGAACUUCACCAUCAUUCCGCGGGAAGUCCCGCACGGACUACGCUUCGGUUUGAUCUACGAAAAUGGAACGUCAACCGGAGCGAUGUCUAUGGUCAUGCAGGAAGAAACUAACUUCACCCUGGGAUACUUCGGCUACAACUACCUCCGCCACAAGUACAUGUCUCUAACCCAAAACUACUACUACUCGAAACUGCUGGUCAUAGUGUCCCCGGGAGAAUCCUACACCGCAUUCGAGAAGCUACUGCUUCCCUACAGCAACUCACUGUGGCUAGCAUUUACCGGACUGCUCGCUGCCAGCUUCCUUACCAUCCUCAUCAUCGCUCGGAUGCCCCGCCAAGUGCAAAACUUCGUAUUCGGCCGGCUCGUCCGUACUCCAUCGCUCAACCUAAUCAACUCACUGUUGGGUGGAUCCCUACUAAAGCUCCCGGGGCGGAACUUCGCCCGAUUCUUCCUAACCCUGUGGAUACUCUACGCCCUGAUACUACGCACUGUCUACCAGCAAGCUCUCUUCUACAUUCUUCAGCAAUCACCAAACCGCUCGACCCCGAGUACCCUCCGACAGCUGGUGGACAACGAUUACCCCCUGUACUUGAUCCCGACGGAAGUUUACGUGUUCGAUCACAUGCCGGAGAUGAAACCCCUCGUCCAAACCAUUCCAGCCGAGCGAAUCCAUCACUUCGAUGACGCCAUCCGGAAUGGGCACCUCCGCGGGGCUCGCAUUUCCAACUACGAGAAGAUCCUCUACGACAACGCACGGCUAACCGAGGGACGCAAGUUUCACAUCAUGAAGCAGCGGUUGUACAAUUAUGCGCUUUGCGUUGGUCUGCGGUUGAACUCCUGCCUUACGAAGCCGUUCGACGAUAAGAUACUGAAGUUGAACGCUAAUGGACUGGUGCAGGCUUGGGUUAAUCAUUACGUGGAUGAGAAGUACGCUGCCGUGAUGGAGACGGAUGAUGAGCAGCUAAGGAAGCUAACCCUGGAACAGCUGGGAGGAGCUUUUCAGUCGUUGAUUUUUGCACUGGGUGGAUGUUUUGUCGCGUUUCUGGGUGAGGUCGUGCGGGGACGUUUCGAUAGGAAGUAG